GCAAAAUCCUAAAGGUAAAAUAGAAAAAGGAUAGCAAACAGAUAAUGCUCUUAACAGUAAAUAACUAGAGAAAGUGAUAACUGAUAAGUAAUGGCUUCUUCUUCAAUCAGUUUAAGCUAUGGAAAUUUCUGCUGUGGGUUUCAUUAUAAUAGGCAACCAGUUUUAUCAAACUAUUUCAAGAAUUCCCAUAUCUCAGUUUUUUUCUCCACACAAAAUGCUCACCAUUUGAAGCUUAAGGUACAACUCCCCAGAGCAUCUUCUGAUGAUGCAGGUCUUCCCUCUGAGAUUCUUGAAGAUUCUAAGUUUGUUUCUGUAAAUCCCGAAGACCCAAAAUAUGGUCCACCUGCUUUGUUGUUGCUGGGCUUUGAAGUGGACGAGGCAGCAAAGAUACAGCAGCUUUUGAAGGAGAUGGAUGGUGAAUUCCUCCAGGUCAUAUUUUGUACCGAAGACAUGAUUUCUCGCUCGCUUUGGGAAGCAAUUAACACAAAACAGCCCAAUUUGGAUGCUUCAAAGAUUGCUAAACAGCUUCCGCGAAUUUGCUUCCUGUCUGGCCUUACUGGAGAGGAGAUGAUGAUGUUUAUGGACGCAUUUGAAGAAAGUGGACUUGAAGAACCUGUCUUUGCUGCUCUUGUUCCGAAUAGCCAGGACAAGCCAUUACAAGAAUUAAUCGAGGAGAUUAUGGGAGAUCAUGAACUACUUUCUGCAAAAAAUUCAAGCUAGAUAAUGACAGGUCUAGCUGGUAGAGAAAAAGGGUUCUACAAAUUUGGUCAUUUCAUUAGGAUGUAGAAGAUUUUGAUUUGUUCCUUUGUGAUACGUUUGAUGUUAAAUGUUACAAUCCUUCAAAAUGCUUGGAGGAUUUGAGUAUGCUAUUUCUUUCAUGUAUUAAUUAGUGUAAAUGUAAGGAUUUUUCUUCUUGAAGUGAUUCAAUUUGUGCAAA